UCUCACAGCGUAUAUUGGUCUGUUCUCGCGUUCUUAACGAGUAAAGUAUUAUUUACUUUUAUUGUUAAAAACAUUAGUCGUAAAAUAAAAAGCAUAAUGUAUUUUAAAAUUUUGUGAAUUUAUAUGUUUUUUGAGUACUAGCGUUUUUCCCUCAUUUGUUUGAUCUUUAAAAAUUUCAAAAUGAGAUUGGCAGGGACAAUUUUCAGUAAUGUUACGAAAAUGUUGGACUUCUAUUCACAAUUUAAUCCAUCGCCGCUUUCUAUCAAGCAGUUUAUCGAUUUCGGUCUCAACGCUUGCGAGAGGAAGUCGUACUUGUUCUUGAGGAAGGAAUUACCAGUGAGGUUGGCGAACAUAAUGAAAGAGAUAGCGUUACUCCCUGAGAACCUACUCCGGAUGCCCUCAGUGGGCAUGGUGAACCAGUGGUAUGAGCGGUCCUUUGAGGAGAUAAUACAGUUUGAGAAGAUGGAACCAGAACCGCCAAUCUUAAGCCAAUCGUCAAUAUUGGACAGGUUCUGCGAGAGGCUGGUGCAUAUCCGAAACAGGCACGCGGAUGUUGUGCAGACGAUGGCGCAGGGAGUCCUUGAACUGAAGGAAUCACACGAAGUCGAUCCUGGCACUGAGAACUCCAUACAGUACUUCUUAGAUCGCUUCUACAUGAGUCGGAUAUCAAUUAGGAUGCUUAUUAAUCAGCACACGCUCCUCUUCGGCGAGCAAAUGGGUGGAAGACAGGCGUCAGUAAACGGUAUGGGUUGCGGCGGGCGACACAUCGGCUCUAUAGACCCGGCGUGCGAUGUAGCUGCGGUCGUACGAGACGCGUAUGAAAACGCUCGAUUCCUAUGCGACCGGUAUUACCUCGCGUCACCUGAACUUGAACUGCUGCAGAAUGGAGUUGCCUCAGAUCGUCCGAUGCCUAUAAUCUACGUUCCUUCACAUCUAUAUCACAUGCUGUUUGAACUAUUCAAGAACGCGAUGCGAGCUGUUAUGGAGUGUCAUGAAAAUGCACCUCCCCCUAUACAAGUUAAUUUAGUGACGGGCAAAGAGGACAUCUCAGUUAAGAUGUCAGACCGAGGAGGGGGUAUCCCGCGCAGCGUGUCCGACCUCCUGUUCAAGUACAUGUACAGCACGGCGCCGCAGCCAUCCAAAUCUGAUUCGCACACAGUACCGCUGGCUGGUUACGGGUACGGGUUGCCGAUAUCGAGGCUGUACGCGCGCUACUUCCACGGCGACCUGGUGCUCAUGUCCUGUGAAGGAUACGGAACUGACGCUGUCAUAUAUUUAAAGGCAUUAUCAAAUGAAGCGAACGAACUCCUGCCGGUGUUUAAUAGAACGUCUAGUAAAUUCUACAAGUCGAUGCCGACGCUCGCUGAUUGGUCGGGCUCCCUCAAUACAGCCAGUAACUCGCAAUGCGCACGCGCGAAGAACAGAGAGAAACUCUCGCCCUCGAUAUCGCACGGAUUAUAACCUGUACACUGGUAACACUCGAAAUAUACUAAUUGUCUAUGGUAUCCGUAGGAAAUGUCUAUGGUACUUGUACCGGAACAACAAAUGCAAGUCAUCGGAAAACAGUAAAUAAGUUCUAUAUUAUCUAUGGUUUAUUGGAAUACGACAUGCAAGUCUUUGGUAAGACUCGCAGUAAUCUACUAUGUUGUCUAUGGUAGCGUAACGUGUGAAUGUUUGACGUGUGAUAUUGUGACUGAAAAAUUCAGUGUUUUGUGAUUUAAUGUACAAAUUUUAUCAAUGGUAAUAGAUAUUAUAUAUCUAGAAUUUAUUUCUCGGCUUAAAAAAGUCUAAUUGUAGAUUUAACUGCGAGUCUAUGGUUUGUUUUUAUUGUAUAUUUUUUACACAUGUGAUACUCGAUUUAGCGAUAAUGGUAUUUGAAUGAAUAAUGACUAAGUACUAGUACAAUUGAAUUUGUUAUUUCAUUGACCGUGAAUGAUAUGCUUGAAUAGUUUACACAAAUAUUCUUGAUCCUUAAAAAUAUAAAAAAUGAUCCGAUUGUAUGUUCUUUAAUAUUUGUGUAGAUUAUACAACUUGUAGACAUGUUAAAUUUAUUCUAUAAUGAGAAAUAUAAAUUGAUUACAUCAGUGAAUGAUUGACGGAGAUGGUUUUAAAAGUAUUUGGUAUUUCGUGUCUGAAAAAAGAUAAAAAAUUACAAUUGACAUAUGACCUCUAGAAUUUAACUCGGAUGAUUGUCUUAAUUUUUUUUUUAUUAUGAUGGUGUUAUAGUUUUUAAUAAACCGAAUAUCCUUUGGGACUAAAUCAAUGUUGUAUUUGUUGAGAAAACUAAAUAUACUUGUGAUAAGUAUACUUGUGAAAAGUUGAUAUCACUAGAUAUAGAAAUAGAAAUAUAUUUUGAUGAAUCCUAAUAUUCCAAAUAAAUUGAUGGUAAAUAUCAAGAAAAAAUGUCAAUAUAAUAUAUAUUCUUAAAAUUCUACGUCUUAGACUAAUUAAUAAAUAGAGAAAGUGUCUUGAAAAUGUUACU